AUGCUGCAGCAAACAUCAUACAACUCCACUACAUCCUUCUUGCGACCUGGGAGUAAAUUCAGAGGAACACAGCAGUCCGACCGACAGGUGUAUGACGUUCAAGUCGAGAUCAAGGAUGUGGACAUGGCAGAGUCAUUUCUGUGCGGCUACUUGCGCAUACAAGGCCUCACGGAUGACCAUCCAACCCUCACAACAUUCUUCGAAGGCGAAAUCAUCGGGCCGAAAUAUCUCUUCAAGACAGACCAUCCGUCCUGGGGCAGCAGCGAAAAGGUCGACAUGCAACACUGGGCACGAUUUCCUGCAUGGAGACCUCUGGCCAAGUCUGCGAAAUCUGCCAACUUUUCGUUGAACAAGUUUGAGCAACGGGAACACCUCUUCAUGCGAUGGAAAGAGUACUUCCUGGUGCCGGAUCACAAGGUCAAGACCAUUACAGGUGCAAGUUUCGAGGGCUUCUACUACAUCUGCUUUAACCAGUGCUCCGGGACUGUCAGUGGGAUAUACUUUCAUGCGAAGAGCGAAAAGUAUCAGCAGUUGGAGUUGAGGCACGUGGAGGAUAAGGGUUGCAUGCCAGCCAUGGAGUUUCGGUGA